AUUGUCAACAUUCGAAACACAAUCGGCCUGGGUUAUUAACAAAAUAAAUUCGAAAUUCUGAACACUCUGCGAAAAUGCCGCCCAAGAAACCGGGAAAAAAGAAAAAGGACGUGGACUGGGCCGCCGAUGAGAACUUCUCCAAGGACCGAUCCAUGAUCUACGUCGAGCACACGUACGAGUGCCCCAUUUUCCAGACCAAGGCCGACGAGUGUGGCUCGUUCUUCACGCAGCGGAUUCCGGAGCGCAAGUUCCAGCUGGUGAAGAACCGGAACGGACGCCAGGUUCCCCGGGACGGAGCCUUCGAGAUAGCGUUCUCGCAGAACGCCCGCACCUCGGAGCACCUGCUGUGGUCUGGCCUGGAGAAGGGACCGCCGCGGCGGGACAAGUUCCCACUGGAGUACGAGGCACUGGUGCCCGACGUGAACAGGAUACUCAGGAAAUUCUAUCCCGACAAGGCGGUGGGCGUGGCCGAUGACGAGGAGGAGAGGGAGGACAUGUAAACAUUUGCAGCACUUUGUGCGCUGAAUUAUUAUAAAGUCUUUACCAUAACAAUGGCUAAUACACGGCGUGAAAAGUAAA